UUUGGAUUAUCAAAAUUUCUUAUUAUUUUUAAUUAAUUUUAAAUUUUCCCGCUCACCACAUCAAACAUAACCCAACUUUUUCCUUCACAUCUUCUUCGACGCAAAAAGAAUUUUCUUAUUAAUAACAACGAAUAAAUAGCGAAUAAAUAACGGGAAUCAUCAACGAAAACGUUACGAACAUCUCAAGGUAAAAAAAAUCGUAAAAUAAAGGUAAAAGAUGACCCAAAGAAGCGAUUUGGACUUAUUAUUGAAAUACCCGAUGGUUUUACCAAAAAAUUACUCAAAAUACGAAUAUUCCGGUUACAUAAAAGUCAACGAAAACGAUUAUGAGGUUAAUUUCACCAUCGAAAAUAAAAAAUAUAGAUUAAAACCAACCGACGAUUUAAACCCAUUUUGGAAUAAAAUUAAAAAAUUAAGCGAAAUUGAUUAUUUCUCCCCCGUCGAUUUCUUGGACACAUUAACAGAGUGUAUUAAAAAAAACUCAAAGUUAGAAAAACCCGAGGAUUACGUUGAUUUAUACCGGAAAGUUCUACGAGAAUACUCCGAAUUAAGACAAUUCUACAUCAACAUUGAUUAUGCUCAAUUAUCGAAAGAUUUAAAAACAAUACGGGUGGUUCAUUCUGAUGAGAAAAGUCGAAAACACCCCAUUUUAAUUGAAGUUGAUUACGAAGCGCCUCCUAACAAAAUAUUUAAAAUAACUAAAUGCGAUCUUCCUGAAUACCAAGAGAGUCUUGUUAAAACUCCAGAUGGUUCUUUACUAACAGUUUAUGAGAAUUAUUUAAAAAUCGUUAAUAAUAAUAACCUGCAAGCACUUUUUGAUAUUUUAGAUGAGAUUGAUAAGAAUUGUUGGGUUUUAGAGCCUGAAAAUCCAACAAGGAGGGAUGUUUCAAGAAGAAUUAUGCUUGAUGAAAAAGUCUCGAUCGUGAUUACUUUCAACCCGAAGGAUGUUUCGACGAUCCCCCAAAUCAAAUUCUUAGGCCCGGUGGGGUUAACCAAGAAAUACGUGGACUUAUUAAACAAAAAUUGUGUUAAUUACAACCCACACGGCGACACAAUCUUGGAAUUAUACAACUUAUUAGAAAUAAAAAAUUUUCCAAGGCAACCAACGAACGUUUUGGAGGAGGAAUUGCUCGUCAACGAUGAAGAGUGCUGUAUAUGUUUUUCGAAGUGGUUAGAAGGAAAAGCGCCGGAAGUUCAAUGCGAGAAUGGAUCGUGUAGGCAACGAUUUCACUUCGACUGCUUAUACCAGUGGUUAAGAUCAUCGAGUUCGACCACGUUUUAUUACGAAAUUUACGGAAAUUGUCCAAAUUGCGAAAAGAAAAUCCGAUGUCCAUUUCCAGCUGAGACAAACACAGAAAAUUGAAUUGGAAAAGAAAAAAAAACACUUUUUUGAUUUAUUUAUAUAUAAAUA